GCCAUUAGGCGGGACUCACUACCAAUAUGCCUUGGCGCUCAUGGUCUUUUUACAAAGGCCCUCGCUCUGUUCAAUAGCCUUGUUCACGUGCUCCCUGUUCCAGAAGCAGACGGAAUCAGUACCUCAAGACUGACCCGUUUCAUGAUUGGAAGCAAUUCUGGCGUGCCAGAUAAGUUUCAACGCCCGGAAGUUGCAGAUGACAACAUGAGACGGGUACGAAGGUAGCAUGAGAAUACACACAUGGUUCGAAGCCUGUCCUCGGUAGCCUCAAAUGGAGCAUGUCGUACCAACUUCUGGCAACGGCAGCUGUGGUCGUCCAGGCUUCACGUCUAAACUUUCACCGUCGUCUGAUACUCUCUUCCCGUCUCCACUCUCACUAUCGCCCUCUCCUUCGCCUUCCCGCAUACCUUCCUCCUGCAGUUCCACUUUUACCUCUUUCCACUUAUCCUAACUCAACGCUCAGUCUACCGCAAUCCUUCAUGUCGCUCCGGACUCCUCCCAUUCUCUUCGUACCCUUCCUCGUGGCCCUCUGCUGCCUUCCCUUUUGCUCUCCUACUCUUUCCACUGAAUCUGUACCUCUCACGUACAAGGCUGUUCGUCAAACCAGCGCAGAUCUUCGUGCUGUUCGUGCCUUCCUCUGCGCCCUUUUUUGCAGAGGUGCUACCCAAACGAGUAUCCUGUUGUGCAGCGUUUGGAAGGUUCGUCGGUCCUUUCGUUCUUCGGCUCAGUGGGCUGAACAAGUGGACCGCAUAUUGAAUGGAAAAAGCCGCAAGUCAAGAAGACGGAGUGAAAAUCAGGGUCAAUGGUAUCGAAGGGCGGGUUACGACGAUGAGCAGCUUGCUCUGUGCGAAGCAGGGAUCUUCCCGGGAACCUUGGAGGACAACGGGUCUCCGGCAGUCACUUUCGGAGCUUUGAUGAGGCCUUCAAGACGCUGUUUGGAAGCAGAAGAGAGCAGCGCGUCUUUGAAUCAUUUCGAGAAAGCUUCCAAUACAGCUGCAGGGGUGGGGAAGAGAACGUGUGCCGCGGAAGUCUUCCUUGUUGUUGAUGUUUGCGAGGUAUCUACGCUAUUAAAUUCGCGUACCUUCUUCCAUAGUACUUUUGGGUCCAUACCCUGUGGCGUGAGGGUCGCGGGGGCCGGAAGGAUCUCAGACCUCCGCAAACUUAGCGUGUCUGGCUUCUAUUCUAUCAGACCGUCGGAAGCCUGCUUCUUGUCUUUGCAAUGAUAUAACAGGAAUCUUGAGCGGAACGGAGACCUCAAACAAUGCACGACGCACCUUACUGCCCGUCCACCGUACAUACAACUGUCUGCCGCCCAGUAUCAAAGCUUCGCAGAGAGCGAAGGAGACGUAAUCGGCGCCUUUCAAAGUUCUGAUCCUCUGCUCAAAACCAUUCGAGACCAAGAGCGUAAACGUGGGUUGAAG